AUGUUUCUACCAAGUGAUCUCGCGGAAAAUUAUGACGAAAACCAACCAAGUAUUGGCAAUAUUGAUAGUGAUGGUGAAAUUAAUAAACCUAAAUCUGGAGGAACUAUUACUGGCUGUCCACCCUCGGUUGUCUUUUGUUUAUAUUUCCUUGUUUUCUUAUUGGUGAUUCUAUAUAACGUCCCUACCACUUAUAUUCCGCUAUUGGCAAAUUACCAUCUAGGAUUGGAUCUAAGUCACGUGAAAUUACUUUACAUCAAUAGUUCACUAGUUACCUUCGUUGCUUUCCUCGCUACUUAUCUUUUGGUGGAAAGAAUUUCCGAAAAGAAUUACAUUGUCUUCGGUGUUGUUUCAUUAAUAUUCGAAAUUUUACCAAUAUUUUAUUUCGCUCUGUUCUGGGACAAUGAUAUGUUGUCAGUGAAUGCAGCUUAUCUUUUGCUUGUUUCAAUGUUAUUUAUGGGUGCCCAGUUCGUAACCUAUGCUCUGGUCUGUUCAUUGUUAUCAAAACUAACACCUGCUGAGGAUGCCGCAUUUUAUCAAAGUCUUACAUAUACCGUACUUCAUGCCAGUAUUAUACUCAGUCGUAUAUUAGCUGGUGCUACUUUUUACAGAAUGCCAAUGAUGUACACCUGUAUUUGUAUAACCAUUUGCUGGUUAUUUGGACUUAUAUGGUUGAGUAUUGAAUAUAAGAACUUGGAAAAUGAUGAGAACUGGAUUUAG